CAUGCGCGCUUACCCUCAGCACAUUUCUUCCAUGGCAAACAGCCAUGCCGUAUCGCGUAUUCUGUAUUCUUCUAAAUUUCAUAAUAUUUUUAUAUUUAACGAGCGGCGAUAGCAUCACGAAGAAAAAUGAUAAGCGACCAGAGCUUAACCUUCAGGUGUGCGUCCAGAGCUUCGACAUCCACAAGGAUAAAAUCAUCAGGACUGAGGAUUCGCGUCAACUGGGCGCCAAGUAUCUUAACGAGAUAGAUCUGGACUCGCGUGAAGAAUGUCUGAAGCUUUGCUGCGAGACUGAUCAGUGUGACGUAUUUGUUUUUGAAGAAAAGAGACCAGGCAGUUGUUAUCUGUUCCAUUGUGGGCCACCUAACGAUUUUAAAUGCAAAUUUACUAGUCACGCUAAUUACAGUAGUGCUGUACUUAAUAGUAAUCGCAAUGGACCAAGUACAGCCGAGCUGGAGGAACAAAUUCGCAGGACACAACAGGAGCACGAACUUGAAUCUCUCAGAAAACUUGCUGAUCCUCCAUCAAUAGAAUAUACCGUGUCAGAAUCGACGGCUAUACUUGCCAUAACUCAAACACCAAAAUCAUUAGUGAUAACAACGCCAAUAUCAAAGAAAGAAGGCUGCAGUCGCAACCAAUUUGAAUGUCGAACUUCCGGUGAUUGUAUAGCUAUAUACAAUGCCUGUGAUGGAGUACCACAAUGCGCUGACGCAUCUGACGAAGCUGCGGAACUUGGUUGUCCCACGGAAAGGCCUACAGUUGCUUCUCCAUUACUGCAACAGCCUUUACCUUUGUCAUCUCCAGAUUCCAUGAAAUGGCAAAUGAUGCAGCAUCACAAAUCAUUAGUUCCGUCGUAUACUCAUGGACAGGAAAGGGAUUCGAAAACUUGGCAGUCGUCAGGUUCGCCUCGACAAGGUGUACCUCCGCCACAGAAUAUUCAAUAUCCUGUACAGCAAGUCGUAAUGCCGCAACCACAAUUAAAUAUUGGAUCACAAGGAUAUCAAUGGGAAUAUCAGCCCCUCUAUGAACAGAAUAAGGCAGCUUAUGCUGCCAUUAAUACAUUUCAUGGACAAAAUAAUUUGAAUCCGUAUGAAAUGGAGCAAUCGCAUAUAUUUAACCAUAAGGGUCCAGGUGUCAUUGGGGAAAAUGGUGCGGAGAGUGGAGUUUACAUAGAUGCAAAUAGACAAUACGCGCCGUAUUUCCCAUCACCGAAUCAUGGAAUGUGGCAAGAAGGUCAACCACAACCACCACCAGCACCAUCAGCAAUCCCAAAUUCCCUUCACAGCCAGUCCAUUGCACAGCACGAAUCACUCGAAAAUACAGCUUCACCCCCACCUUGCAAACCAUCCACAAAUGAAGAAGAAAUUCCAUCAAGGACCAACCCCCGUACUGAUACAGACGUCAAAACCCAGAAAGCUGUGUAUAUUGAAAAAUCAAACGAUCACGCCGACAAGAAAUCAAAUUCAAUUUCUAAAAAUCAAGGAAAUUCAAAUUACGUGAAAACUCUCGAAACUCAAGUUGUAGAACACGAAAAGAAAUCAAAAAUUACGGAAGAUAAUCACAAGGAGCUCGAGAAGAGUCACAUGGUGGCUGAGCAUUUGCAGCACAUUAAUAGUGACAGUAAAGUAUUGAGGCCAAGGGGUGCAGUGAUAUCAUUGGCUUUAGGAUUAACCGCAACAGCGAUGAUGGCUGCAUUAAUUGCAUGUCGCUUGAGAGUUGUAAGACGGCGAGGUCGUCGUGGUCACGGACCAUAUGCACACGAUGCCGAUUACCUGGUUAAUGGGAUGUACCUCUAAAUAAAUCUUACAUAGAAAAAAAAAGGAACGAA